AUGGCCAGGAUGGAAGCUAUGCUUGCAAACCUUUGCAAGGAGUUUGACGACUUAAAAAAAUUCAAGGAGGAAGUAAUAUCCAAUCGGCAAAAUCAAGAUGCGGCUACUCAGAAGCUUGAAGCACAAGUUGGAUAUUUGUCCAAACAAGCCCCUAGCUACAGUUCAAGUAGUGCCACCAAGACAACUUCAAGAGAGGAAUGCAAAGCUAUUACCCUCAGAAGUGGAAGAGAAUUGGAAGAGAAGUCAAGGGAGACUAAAGAGGAGAAAGAGGAGGAUAGUUCAACUGACAAGGAGGAAGCACAAAUACCUACUCCCAGUUCAUCAGAAGAAAAAGAAGUUCUAAAGCCAUAUGUCCCAAGGGCCCCUUACCCUCAACGCCUAAUAAAGAAUGCAAAGGACAACCAAUUUUCCAAAUUUUUGGAGAUUUUCAAGAAACUUUAG